AUGCAAAAGGCGAGAAAAAUCGCUUUAUUGUGGUUAUCUAUAAACGCAUUUGCUACCCUCAAGAAAAGAAUAAAACGUCGACAAGUCUUUUGGGAAUUUAAAUUGUUGAAUUGUGAAGACACAAAAUCGCAAACAGAUUUACAGACUCUUUGCGAGUACAGAAGUGUAUCAAGCUCUUGA